UGAGGAUAUAGAUCGACUCAAACAACCACGGAGCAGUCACUUCUCCUUGCAAGGUCUCCAGACUACGGGUUUUCUUUUACUGUCCCUGAAUGCUGAAAGCUUAAGCACUCAUCAUGAGCGCUACCAUAACAUCACUCUCCGCAACAACUGCGGUUGUGUCCUCGACACAGACAUGUACCAACCCCAAACCAGGAAAACAUGGCUAUCUGCCCCCGGAGGCGUGUGAUGUGAUUCUCCUCUACGUGCCUUCCCUGGCAGCUGCAAUCCUGUUCUGCAUCCUGUACGGUCUGACACUGGUAUGCCACGGCGUGCAGGCGUUCAUGUUCAAAAAGAAAUACGCCUGGGUAAUCAUGAUGGGUGCAAGCUGGGAGUUAAUCGCCUUCAUCUUCCGCGCCCUGCUCACACUACACCAAAGCAAUUCCGGAUACGACACCGGGUACACGAUCAUGUUUCUGCUGGCUCCUCUAUGGAUCAACGCCUUCUUAUACAUGACUCUCGGCCGCCUCGUGUACUUCUUCAUUCCCGAACAGAAACUAGUCGGCAUCGCAGCCAAAAGCUACGGUCGGAUCUUCGUCUGGCUCGACAUCGUGGCCUUCCUCGUGCAGCUCGUGGGUGCCGCCUUCACCACCGAUACCGACGCGCCCACCAAGACCAUCAUGCUGGGCGUACACAUCUACAUGGGCGGAAUCGGGCUGCAAGAAUUCUUCGUCCUGAUCUUCGCCGGCCUGACGAUCCACCUGCACCGGAAAAUGCUGCUUCUAGAGCGGGUAGGACAGCUAGACCGGGAUCGUCUAACCCGCACAGGCGUGCCAUGGCGGUGGAUGUUCUACACCAUGUACACCGUCCUCGGGAUGAUCACCAUCCGAAUCAUCUUCCGCCUCUGCCAAUACGCCCAAGGCACCAACCCCAGCAACCCGGUGCUAACGCACGAAGCUUACGAAUACGUCUUCGACGCAGUACCCAUGUUCAUCGCCCUGGUUCUGCUAAAUGUCAUCCACCCGGGUCGUGUGCUCAACGGCCCGGAAUCCGAGUUCCCGCGACUGAGUCGUCGCGAGAAGAAGGCUAUCAAGCAGGAGAAGAAGCGGCUGAAGCAGGAGCGGAAGGCCGCGAAGAAAGGUGGUCGGAAGGGCGAUCAGGGGGAUUAUGAUUCUCUGCCGUUGCAGGAGGAGGGGAGUGCGAUGUCACUCCCCUCAAGUCCAGAUGCAAAACGUCGCACAGAUGGUGGCCUGGCCUAAGGAAUUUGACGUUCUUUGAGUUCUCGGAUGCCUGGAUGCGGUAUCUCAAUGUUGGGAGUAUUGCAAUCGCUGGAUUUGCAAGCUUGCAUGUAUUUGGCCCGUAUGAGAUACACAUUGCCACUGGCAUGCGCCCCUUGAUAGAGUUGAUACUGGCCAUCGUCCUUCGUUACUGAUCCGAGAGCUCGACGCUGGAGCUGAGUGAGUGACGAGGCUUUUACCUUCCCAAUCAAGCGAUCGAUGCUUUCAUUACCGAGCAGGGCUGCCGAUGCAACGGAAUUCUGAUCACUGUCCUCCAAGACUGGACUCAUUUGCUGACAAAGAUCGGAUUACCGAUCUCUUGCGAUGACGAAGCGGGAUAUGGACUACCUAUCCCUUGUG